UGUGUGUGUGUGUGUGUGUGGCCUCGCUAUUGGUUUCAAUGCUAAUCCGCUUCCAUAAAGAGGAGCUGCAGCAUUCCCGCUUUGCAUUUAAAGCUCGCGGACGCUCGCCGGUGACGAUUCUCCACUCCUGACGACUACAGACAACUUCUCAAUCAAGACGCCAUCAUGGCCACUGAGAAGCGACUGUCGGCCAGACGCAAGCACACUCUCAAGAGUUGCAUGCUGGUGGUGGCCAACAACCUGCUGGACGCCGAGGCCACGGAGAAGGCCGGUGAGCGGGAGAAGUUCCUGGCAGAGAAGUGUCCUCCUCUGGAGCUGCCCUACAAUGGCGAUGAGCUGAGGGAGCUGUGCAAGAAGCUUCACGAGCAGAUUGACCUCAGCGAGGAGGAGCGCUACAGCAUCGAGUUCAAGCUCAACAUGGUGCUCAGCGAGGUGCGAGAUCUGAACAUCAAGAUCGUGGACCUGAGGGGUAAGUUCAAGCGCCCUCGCCUGAAGAAGGUGCGCAUGUCUGCAGACGCCAUGUUGAAAGCCCUUCUGGGCUCCAAGCACACUGUCAACAUGGACCUGAGGGCCAACCUCAAGCAGGUCAAGAAGGAGGUCAAAGAGGAGGACAAGCAGCUGCGCGAUGUCGGCGACUGGCGUAAGAACAUCGAGGACAAGUCGGACAGGAAGAAGAUGUUUGACAGUUAAAGUGUGACAACCCGGCCCCCCCCCCCCCCCCCCCGCCCCGCCCACGAGGAUUCAAUUCCUCUGGUGUCCAAGCGCAACAGUUUUAGCAGAGGGGGACUUCUAGAUGGUUCUGUGAAAGAGUUGCCCUCAGUUUUAUCACGCUAGCUAGCUAGCCUCACGUGUCAAAAGGCUAAAGUGCUAAAACUUGUUAGAGAGUAACUUUUGGCUCCACACUAAUGUACAUUUUCACCAAGUCCGACACAUGUAACCUGUUUGCCUUCAUGAGGAAUAAACCGUUUGCCUUGAAAGUCAACCUAAAA